CCGCCGGCAACACCCGAUUUCCAUGAGAAAUGCGACUCACCGAAGCAACCGGAACUUCGUAGCCAAUAUGGUUUGGGAGAAAGUCGGCGUAGUAGAGCACUGUCCUUGGUUCCUCCAUCAGCUAUCUUGGUUGAAUACUGGAGCCCGAAAUGUCCCAGCUUCCAGCGCCUGAGAGGCGUGUCCUAUCAUUACACACAACUCUAGGCUCAGACCCAGUAGAGCUCAAGUGUUCUACACUAUACUAUCCCGUCUCCUGCGCCAAAGACGGUCUCACACUUGUGUUCACACACGGAAUUGCUGGUCACAAGGAACAGUACGACCCUACUAUCGCUCGCCUGCUUUCGCGCGCUCAAACUCGCGCUACGAUUCGAGAUAUAUGGGUGCUUGACUUCCCCAAUCAUGGUCAAACGGCACUUCUCAACCGCCCCGUGCUUGAUGCACGCAAGGCAGCUGGGAAGGCGAUGUGCACAACGAAAGAUAUCGCGCUCUACCUCCGAGCCUUCCUCUCCACUCCCUCUCUUAAAUCCAGCACGGUGGUAGGAAUCGCUCAUUCUGGGAGUUGCACGCUCUGGAUAUUGGCGCUCACAUCCAUACCCCCUUCCCUUACACCCUUUGCUCUCAUAAUGGUCGAACCUACAUUGAUGUUCCCUUCUCUCACUCCAACUGACCCUCGCUCCAUCCACGGAGCCGCGAACGUCCGAGGGUCACUUGCUAAACGCGAUCGUUGGACGGAUAGGGAAGCGUUGACGAAGUGGUUGGUGGGUGGGAAAGGCGUUUGGAGGAAAUGGGAUAAGAGGGUUGUAGAUGAUUAUGUGAGGUAUGGAUUUGAGGAGGUGAAUGAGUCGCACCUUGGUACGGGGAAGAAGAGUUAUGUUACACCUACGUUGAGAAAAGACGAGGAGAGCCCGUUGUAUGCGUGCUUAUCGCAUACGGUGGAGACCAAGUCUCUUGGGCGUGCAUGUAGGGCGGUGGAAGAGGCUGGGAGGGGAGUUCAUGUCGUCUGGGCUGAUUUUGAGGAGUUUAUUUCUAAAGAGUCGAGGAAAGAAAUUUUAGACGCUGCGGAGCACAGGGUGGUGUCUCAGCGGGCUAUCAAGGGGGCAGGACAUCUGAUUCCGCAAGAGAAACCAGACGAACUUGGAGAGGCACUCGUAGACAUACUGGAUGAGAUUGUGAAUGGUUCGGGGAAUGCGAAGGCGAAGAUGUAGGAUGGUAGAUAUGAUCUUAUCAAUAUCGCUUGCAUAUAAAAUUUGUAAAUUUAUCAAAACAAAAUGCGUACGCGUCAAAAUUACAAUAUUGUAAAAGCGCUUCAUCGCUAUGCAUGUGAUUUCAAACUCGAG